CAUCACCUUCUCUUCUGACCUGCUUUCCACUCCAUAUACGAACAAAGCUCUAUUGGAGAAGUGUUGAAAAUUAUCCUAGGAAACACCUUAUUCUUCCGUCACUGGAAUCCACUUUCUCUGCGGACAGUUCCAAGAUGGAACUGCCUCCUCUCUCCACGGAGCAGCUCUCGAAGCUGGCCGCAUCCAAUGUUCCCCCAUCACAGCUGUAUGAGAUCUUGUCGCAAUAUGAAACAGACGCAUCUCUCAUGUCUGCUGGCCCAGGGAGUGCUGAAACAGGAGGCGGUGACUCUCAGUUGCUGAGCUUGUUCUACUCGAGCUUCUUCUUCGCCCAUCUUCUCACCAAACAGCUACCGGAAGCUCGAGCCCUGACACAACGGAUGCCGGAAGAUUUGCGACACCAAGAUCCAUCUCUACAGAACUGCCUGACCCUACUUCGAGCUCUUUGGCAGACUCAGCAUGCCCAGGUUUACCAGAUUCUCAGAGGCCUUCCAUGGCCAGAAAGCCUGCAGCCACUAGUUCGAAGAUAUGAGAGCUUUUUCAAAGACGAUACGCUGAUCGCGAUCAGCACAUGCUACGAAGCGAUAAGACCUGCCACCGCUGAAAACUACUUAGGCCUUGACCCGCAAGCUGCCGAACAAGGAGAUUCGGCUAUCAUCGAGAAGUUUACAAGUUGUGGAUGGACAUGGGACCCGGCGGCGAAACUACUCCACCCCUCCCCAAUUGCCGUGCCAACCGCCAACCAGCCCUCCUCAAAUGGUAUUCGUGAGACGAUGGCACUGCUGGGUAAUGGCGGAAGAUGAGAGAGGUUGUGGGGCCCGGGAGAAAUAACAAGUUUGCUGAAGGCCUCCCGAUAGACCGAGGGAUGACGAAUCUACAUACUCUGAUCAGAGAGUCUAAUACAAUGGCAACACGCCGAGAAAACCAACACUCAGCCAUUUUAGAACACAGGCUAGUGGUAACG